AUGGCAGAAUCGUCCAAAGCAACUGGCAGCUGGUCUGACGCCUUUCCCGCCCCACGGUGCAUCGCCCCGAUCCUCUCCCGCGAAGAGGCCCUGUCGAAUCUCUCGUCUCCAGACUUGCUCAUCGUAGAUGUCCGACGCACCGACUAUGAAGGUGGAACCAUUCGAGGUAGUCUGAAUCUUCCUGCACACUCCUUCUACAUGAAUCGCGGCGCCUUGUAUGACCUGUGUAAGAGAGCGGGCGUCAAGCAAGUCGCAUUUUAUUGUGGCGCGUCAAAUGGAAGAGGUCCGAGAUGUUCUGGCUGGUUUGCAGACUACAUUGCGGACCAGGGCGAUGAUCAGAUUACAUCAUUGACACUUGGUGGCGGCAUCAAGGGCUGGGUCAAGGCUGGAGAGCCUUACACACAGCAGAUGGAUGGCUUUGAGCCCGAGUAUUGGAAACAGUUUGAUUAG